ACACUUAACCCGCUUUAAAUUCCGCUCCUCAGGGCGACGCAGCGCAUUCACGGAACCUGCUGCAGCAGCGCUUCAACCGACCUUAACUCUUUCUUUCUUGACUUUGCAAGUGUCGAGGGUUUCCUUUGUUUCUUCCCCACGCAUUUCUAACCCAUGGCGAACUACAUCCACGUCCCUGACGGUGCGCCUGUCGUGCCCAAGCUGGACGUGACGGUGGACGAGCAGGACUACAGACCCGGAGCGCUGCAGCUCAUCAAGGCGCUCAGACCUCACUGGAAACCGACUGAGGUCAAAAUGAAGACGUUCACAGACGGCAUCACCAACAAGCUGAUUGGCUGCUACGUGGGUGGGGCGCUGCAGGACGUGGUGCUGGUGCGUAUCUACGGCAACAAAACAGAGCUUUUCGUAGACCGAGACAACGAGGUGAAGAGCUUUCGAGUGCUGCAGGCGCACCGCUGCGCCCCGCGUCUCUACUGCACCUUCAACAACGGCCUCUGCUAUGAGUUCCUGGAGGGCGUGGCCCUGGAGCCCGAGCACAUCCGCAACCCCGCCAUUUUCAGGCUCAUUGCAAGGCAGAUGGCGAAGUACCAUGCCAUCCACGCGCACAACGGCUGGGUUCCCCGGUCUGAUCUCUGGCACAAGAUGGGCAAGUACUUCUCCCUCGUCCCCACCCGCUUCGAGGAUCCAGAAAAGAACCAGAGGCUGAGCAGCCAGGUGCCCAGUGCGGCGUGUUUGAGAGAGGAGCUGCUGUGGCUCCAGCAGAGCCUCUCCAAGCUCGACUCGCCCGUCGUGCUCUGUCACAACGACCUGCUGUGUAAGAACAUCAUCUACCAACAGGCAGGAGGACAUGUCAAAUUUAUUGACUACGAAUACGCUGGGUACAAUUACCAAGCCUAUGACAUUGGGAACCACUUCAAUGAAUUUGCAGGUCUGAACGAGGUGGACUACAGCCUGUAUCCUGAGCGUAGCCUCCAGCUGCAGUGGCUGCGAGCGUAUCUGGAGGCCUAUAAGGAAUAUAAAGAUCAGGGCACUGAGGUGUCCGAGGCUGAGGUGGAGGUCCUGUACGUGCAGGUGAACCGCUUCGCCCUGGCAUCUCAUUUCUUCUGGGGCCUGUGGGCGUUGAUUCAGGCUCAGUACUCCACCAUCGACUUUGACUUCUUGGGAUAUGCGGUUCUUCGCUUUAGCCAGUACUUCAAGAUGAAACCCGAGGUCACGGCGCUGAACUUUCCGGAAUAGUGCCUCGUUCUGGGUGGUUUGUGCUCCCCCUGGUGGACGUGGGCAGCACCAGCAGAGCUCUUCGGUCUGGGGGUUUAAUGCUGCACUUGCUAGAUUGAAUGCUAGAAAAAAAAACAUGAGAAAAAAAAUCUCUCUCUGUUCAGCACCUCCUUUUUAGCUUGUUUAAUAUUUUAAGAGCCGUGAUGAAGUGUCAUACAUGCUCAUGGGUUGUUGGUGACCUGAUAGAUCCCGAGAUGACGUCUGUAGAUGUUCCACAACAAUGUGGUUGACUUGGUGCAGUGAAAGGGGAUUAGGAAAAAAAAAACAACCAAAAAACAAGGCCUCCAUUUUUCAUCUCUGAUAGUGUGGUCCAAAAAUGUACAUAUAUAUGCUAACGUCCCAGACUGAGUAGUUUAUAUGUCAUUCCUGUUUGUUUACAGUGAAAAUGAGUUAAUACAGGUUUACUGCUUCCGUCUGCUAGCUUUAGAGCUUUCAGAUUUAGGGUUGUAGCCGUUAUAGCUGCUUUCAGUUCUGCGAUUGAGGGACCAAAGGAACCUCAAGCUGAGCUCAUGCUUGCUGUUUUUUUCCUCCUCCUGUCACUGUGAGCCCCUUUGCUGCAUUCAGAAUCUAGUCAGAAAGGUGCUUAGCAAAGAGAUGGUAUAUUUUUGUGAAGAGCCCGUAGCUGUCACCCUACACCAAAGUGCUGAGGUUCUUCCCUUGUACAGACUGCACACCUUAAAAAGAGUUUUCUUUUUAUAUAAAUAUGAAGAGGUUUGUUUGGAUGUUUGUUGAAGUGGCCGUGAUGCCUUAAUAAGGACUGCUGAUGGACAGACCAUGAUGCUAAUCAAGCUCUCUUCAAUUGGUCUUAAGUGUAUUAACCCUGAGUUUUGACUUGGAUUUAUAAGACCAGACUUGCACUAAAAAGUUGUAUGGAUUGGGAGGUUUUUUUUUUUUGCUUCGUCUGAUUCAAAAUUUCUUUCUCCACCUCGCAAGCCCUAUUCGGACAGGAUCGUUUAUUAGGUUUGAUAUCUGAAAAAAAAAAGCGUUUGUCCAUCUUACAUCUGGACAGCUAUAAAUUACGAGCGUGAUUCAAGUGAAAACCUUAAUUUUUUUAAUCCUUUAUUGCAAACAGGUGUCUCUAAACUCUAUCAUUUUCUACAUAAUCUCCAUUUCCUUCAGUGCAAGUGUUCCAGCAUUUAACAAGUGUCCGGAUUCCUCUAGAAAGAAAUUCAAUUCACAGAAAUUCAAGAAAUGUCGCACAAGGUUUUCAUUUGAUUCACCCUCGUAAAAACAGACGAAUAAGCUUCUAACAGCAUCACAUCCACCAUGUGUUCACACUAUAUAAUAUAUAAUCAUGGAUUUAUCUAAUCAUGGUAUUGUGUUAAUAUGCUAAUAUAAAACAAGGCUUUAUAUCUACUGUAACUAUAAUCAUUAUACAUUAAUCAUUUUCGUACAUGUGCGUAUGUUGAUAAAUUACCAAGAACGGUCUCAGCACAGCUAAUUUACAUUUAACCACACCCACAAAACUCCAUAAAAGGCAAAAGCUCAGAGAGAGCAGAAGAAUAAAUAAAUAAAGAAAUAAAAAUGGCGACUAAACUGUGAAAGAGCACAUCUUUAAGUGUGGCGUACGCUAAAUCUUCUAGUAAUGCAGCUCAGCCACCGCAGUGCAUCAACUACUAUAGACAUACACUAACUCUUCCUCCUUUUAUAGAGUGCCAUUGCUUUUGUCCUAAUUGAAUAACUAGUAUUUAUUUGUUACAAUUUAUGGAUUUGUCAUGAAGCUGAAAUAAUGGAGUUUCACAAAAUGGAAAAAAUAAAUAAAAAUUGAAUAAAUAAGUGAUUUAAACUCGAUGGUGUAAUCCAUAUAUAAAAACUCAUUGACAAUUAUAUGAUUUGAAGCCGAUCAGUCAAGGUUCCCAUUAGUGAGUCUUCUUGUACGUAAACUGUUAUAUGUAACUAUUGUGAACUAAUCCUGUCCGAAUAGGGCUUCAGUUGCUUAUUGUAAGUCCUACCUCUCUCUCUCUCUCUCUCUCUCUCUCUCUCUCUCUCCUCCCUCUCUCUCUGUCCCUCUCUCUCUUUUAUAUAUAUAUCAGUGUGACUGAAACUGUAACAAUCUGACCAUGUUGUAUAUAAUAGAUACUGUGAAAAACCAGAUCUCUACAUAUGACGCUCUGUUAAUAGUUCAUCUUUUUCUAGUCAAGCAUUUCUUUUAGAAAUAAAUUCUCGCUCAUCGAGUACCACAUUUUAAAGUUCAUACAUCUGUAUCCGUAAAACACUUCUCAUGAUCCACCAAAUCACUGCUCAAAUUUACAAAAUGACAUUUUUCCAAACAGUUUUCUUUGUCUCUGUCUUCAUUAGUAGGACCGUGUCUAUUCAAACUGAGGAAGUUCUUCUCACAGACAUGUGAUUGUACAGAAAAUAAUCCCACGCAAGUGUCCACUACCACUUGAAGAAUAUAUGUGAAUAUUUGUACAUCUUUAAAAACAGCUGCAAUAUCUUUACUUUGUGAGUUACUGUACAUACGGGAGAGUUACUUUUCUUUCUUUUUUUGGUUUAUUUUCUAAAAAAUGAAAUGCUAUGAACUGAGAAAUAAAAUCUGUAAUUUUUUUUGGGAAGGGAAAUUAAAUAAACGGAAUGUAGAGAUGAAGUUUAGAGUCUGUAUUUACAUCAUCUGAAUGCUAAUAAAAUUAUCAAACAUCCUA